AUGGGUGCCUUCAGCUGGAACACGCGUUUCACGUGGUUUGUGGCUCUCCUGUGGGCGUCAGCUGCCGUGGGAGAUCAGAAAAUUAUCAGCAGCGAAGGAAGUCAAACCCUACAGAAUGACGUGCAGAACGUCCGGCAUCAGCUCCAGAAGGCCGAGAUCAUACCGACCGUCAUUGAUGACUUCGUACCAUCCUUACUUGUGCAAGCAAAAUGGUCCUCCAGCAACAAGGCAGAGCUUGGGAAUACUCUCAAGCCGAAGAAGCUUCAAGACGCACCUUCGAUCAAGCUCGCUCCGCCCAAGGACGACUUUAACUGCCAAUCGGAAACAACCUACGUAGUUACUCUUACAGAUCCCGACGCACCCUCCCGCAAUGAUCCCAAAUGGUCUGAGAUGUGCCAUUGGAUCGCCACCGGCGUGUCUGUGCCAUCCGGCUACAGCAGGGUCUGUUCCGGACUUGAGAUCGCCUCGCUCCACGAUCUGAUCGAGUACAAACCUCCUGGACCACCUCCAAAGACGGGCAAGCAUCGAUAUGUACUGCUUGUGUUCGCUCCGGCCAACGGGACUACAGACAAGCUACACUUGUCGAAGCCCAGAGACAGACAGCACUGGGGCACCGGAAAGGAGAGGCACGGUGUACGUGACUGGUCCGCUGAGAACGGGCUGCUUCCCGUCGCCAUGGCUAUCCCUCAGCUCAGCCGAUUGCCAGCUCCAAGCUCGAGGCAGACAUCUGGCCGGCUUCCCGUUCCCAGCAAAGCCGCUUCCACAAGCAUCCCCCGAGCUAGUGGUCUGAAGCAGGCCGAUAUCGCGAACCAGAUGAAGACGCAGAAGCACGGAGACACGGGAAAGAAGAGAGCCGUUGCUGGCAAAGGCAGCAGUGUGACUUGUCCCAGGCCCUUUGUGGUGCCUGGCGCUAGGUUACCUCCCCGCAAGUUUCCCGCUCCGGCUAUCACAAAACCGACACAGGCUGGGCCGAGUAAGCUGCCGGGACCUUCAUCGGGCCUGCGGAGGCCCACGGCACACCAUGCUGUUGCGAACAAGCCUGCAUUGCACAGGCCUGCCCUGCAGAGAUCCAAGCAACAGUCACAGCCGGCAGCACAGGUUCUCGUAUCAAGCGCCAAGCACCAUACCGAGCUUCUCCCGGUCAUUGAGAAGAUGCCCAAGGGCCCGAUAGCAUCACCCGAGAGGGAGAUAUUCAACGCCAUCUACCGGAUCUACCUGAUGAGAGUGCUCGAAAGAGAUGGGAGACGGCGCCGGGAGCUGGACGAGAGGCUCGGUUACUUUCGGGGCAGGUACCCGCAGUAUUUUGAGUUUCUCUGUGAAUGCAAUCAGUGCCCCUGGUCAAAGGAUGAAAAGACGUUUGGCAGAUAUGCAUCGGUGUCUUCUUAG